AUGAUCCUCCGGCUAUCAUCCAUCGCCCUCGGGCUGCUCUCUACAGGCCCCCUCGUGAGCGCACUCUCUCCCUCGGACAUACCAGCGGACACGCCUGUGUCGCAGCUCAUCAAGGAUGCCAGUGUGAAGCUGGCAACGGGCAACGCGCUGGAUGCCCUCACCUACUUCGACGUGGCCAUCUCGCGCGACCCGCGCAACUACCUCACCUUUUUCCGACGCGGUGCCGCCUACCUCUCGCUCGGAAAGACGGUGCAGGCGCAGCACGACUUCGACAAGGUGCUAGAGCUCAAGCCCGGAUUCGAGGGUGCGCUAGUGCAGAGGGCGAAGAUAAGAGCUAGAAAAGCCGACUGGACAGCAGCGCGCAGCGACUACGAGGCCGCGGGCAAGGUUGAUGACAUCGCGCAGCUAGAGGAGGCACAAGGUGCGGCUGUUCUGGCCCAAGAGGCCGCAGACAAGGGCGACUGGGAGUCAUGCGUUAGCCAUGCAGGGACCGCCAUUGUAGUAGCUGGUGCCGCAUACGACAUCCGCAAGACCAGGGCCAGGUGUCGCUUUGAGAAGGGCGAGGUGGUCGAGGGCAUCAGCGAUCUCCAGCACCUUCUCCAGAUCAACACAGGCGACAUCGAACCCCACCUCCAGAGUUCAGCCAUGGCCUUUUACUCCUUGGGCGAAACCGAGAAGGGACUGAAGCACAUCGCACAAUGUCUGCAGUCAGACCCCGACUCCAAAGCCUGCAUGAAGCUCCGCCGACGGGAGAAGAACCUCGAAAAGGACCUCAAGAAAGUGCGCUCCUUCUUCGAAAGGCGCCAAUUCGCCACGGCCUCGAAACUCCUCAUCGAUCGCGGCGAAGAAAACCCGGGCCUCCUCAAGGAAGUCAAGCAGGACUUCCAAGACUACAUCGAGUCAGGAUACAUCUACAAGAACUCGCCACAAGGCUUAUAUCAGAACCUGGUCGAAAUGACCUGCGAAGCCUACGUAGAGAUGAAUAACCUCAAGAAGGGAACCCCAUAUUGCACUGAAGCGCUCCAUCUAAAUCCAAACUCACUGCACGGACUCCUACACAAGGCGCAACGACAACUCGAUGCCGAUGAAUUUGAGGACUGCGUCCGAACGCUCGAACACGCAAAGGAACACCACCAGCACCAAAAGCUCGAAGAACUCCACCAAAAAGCCCACACGCUCCUCAAACGCUCAAAAACAAAGGACUAUUACAAAGUCCUCGGCGUGGAUCGCGACGCCAAUGAGCGUGAGAUCAAGAAAGCAUAUCGCAAGCUGAGCAAAAUAUACCACCCGGACAAAGCUUCUGCCCAAAACAUCACGCCCGAGGACGCUCAGAAGAAAAUGGCCUCCGUCAAUGAAGCAUAUGAAGUCCUCUCAGAUCCAGAGUUGAAGGAGAGAUUCGACAGAGGCGAUGAUCCAAACAGCAACGAACAACAAGGCAAUCCGUUCCAAGGCUCACCGUUCGGUGGUGGUGGUCAGCAGUUCAUGUUCAAGCAAGGCGGCUUCCCCGGUGGCAGCUUCAAAUUCCAACAGGGCGGUGGCGGAUUUCAAGGCUUCCCUGGCUUUUAA